GGACAGACCGUGCUCCCAGGAUAACAUAUCUCAAGAUCUAAGAGGUUUCACCAUGAGUCUCCAAGAGGACGACGUGGAGAAGUUUCUCGAUGGUAAUCCUGCCUUUGCCAAGCAAUACUUUGAUAAGAAACUGAGAUCAGAACCACUGAGCGACAGCCAAACGUCAGAGGAAAGCGAGAUACUUUUUGAGCUGAUCCAAGACAUGCAGGAAAGCAUUAACAUGGAGAAGGUUGUUUUCAAGACUCUAAGAAGAAUCAGCUCUCUCAUCCACGCGGACCGCUGCAGCCUUUUCAUGUACCGGCAAAGGAAUGGCACGCCAGAGCUGGCUACCCGACUUUUCAACAUCGACAGAGACAGCACGCUGGAGGAAUGUUUGGUGGCCCCAGACUGUGAAAUUGUCUAUCCUUUGGACAUCGGCAUUGUGGGGCAUGUUGCUCAAACCAAGAGAACAAUGAACAUCAAGGAUGUCCAUGAGUGCGCUCACUUCAGCAGAUUUGUUGACGAACUCACCCAAUACACUACAAGGAACAUCCUUGCAACUCCCAUCACGAACGGCAAAGAUCUAGUUGCUGUGAUCAUGGCCGUUAAUAAGACGCAAGGGCCGUUCUUCACCAACUCUGACGAAAAUCUCUUCCUGAGGUAUCUGAAUCUUGCCUCCUUAAACCUGAAAAUUUAUCAUUUGAGUUACCUUCACAACUGUGAGACUCGAAGAGGCCAGGUGCUGUUGUGGUCAGCUAAUAAGGUAUUUGAGGAGCUGACGGAUAUCGAGAGGCAGUUCCACAAAGCUUUUUACACUGUGAGAGCGUAUUUGAACUGUGAUAGAUAUUCAGUGGGCCUUCUCGAUAGGACCAAACAGAAGGAGUUUUUCGACUUGUGGCCAGUUCUAAUGGGCGAAGUUCCACCUUAUUCCGGGCCUCGCACUCCAGACGGCAGAGAAAUAGUCUUUUACAAAGUGGUUGAUUAUAUCCUGCAUGGGAAGGAAGAUAUUAAAGUUAUCCCAAACCCCACAGCAGAUCACUGGGCACUUGCUACUGGACUACCAACGUAUGUAGCAGAAAGCGGCUUUAUCUGCAACAUUAUGAAUGCGGCUGCAGAUGAGAUGUUUAAAUUUCAGGAAGGUCCUGUAGAUGAUUCGGGAUGGACAAUCAAAAAUGUGUUAUCUAUGCCAAUAGUAAACAAAAAAGAAGAAAUUGUUGGGGUCGCCACAUUUUAUAACAGAAAAGAUGGGAAGCCAUUCGAUGAACAGGAUGAGACUCUCAUGGAGUCUUUGACCCAAUUCCUGGGCUGGUCUGUGCUCAACACGGACACUUACGACAUGAUAAACAAGCUGGAGAACCGCAAGGACAUUGCCCAGGACAUGGUGCUGUACCACGUGAAGUGCAACAAGGAUGAAAUUCAGGAAAUCCUGCCAACGCGAGAGAGGCUGGGGAAAGAGCCGGCGCAAUGCGAAGAGGAGGAAUUGACGCAAUUGCUGAAAAAGGAGCUCCCGGACCCCGUUCAGUUUGAGAUCUACGAGUUCCACUUCUCCGAUUUCAAGUGCACCGAACUUGAGCUUGUGAAGUGCGGAAUUCAGAUGUACUACGAGCUCGGAGUGGUGAAAAAGUUCCAGAUUCCACAAGAGGUGCUGGUAAGAUUCAUGUACUCGGUCAGCAAGGGAUACAGGAAGAUUACUUACCACAACUGGCGGCAUGGCUUUAACGUGGCACAGACCAUGUUCACACUUUUAACGACUGGCAACCUAAAGCGUUACUACACAGACCUGGAAGCCCUUGCUAUGGUCACGGCAGCUUUGUGUCAUGAUAUUGAUCACAGAGGAACCAACAAUCUGUAUCAGAUGAAGUCGCAACAUCCUUUAGCAAAACUUCACGGUUCAUCAAUUUUAGAGAGACACCACUUGGAAUUUGGAAACUUCUUGCUGUCAGAAGAGUCCCUGAAUAUUUACCAGAAUCUCAACAGGCGACAGUUUGAGCACGUGAACCAUCUGAUGGAAAUCGCUAUCAUCGCAACUGACUUGGCACUUUACUUCAAAAAGAGGACUAUGUUCCAGAAGAUUGUUGAUGAGUCCAAGACAUACGACAAUGAAAAUGCCUGGACUGAAUAUCUGUCUCUGGAGACCACGAGAAAAGAGAUUGUCAUGGCCAUGAUGAUGACGGCCUGUGACUUAUCGGCAAUUGCCAAACCCUGGGAAGUGCAGAGUAAGGUAGCUCUCCUAGUGGCAGCUGAAUUCUGGGAACAGGGAGACUUGGAAAUCAGUGUGCUUCAGCAGCAACCUAUCCCUAUGAUGGACAGGAAAAAAGCUGCUGAGCUGCCAAAGCUUCAAGUCGGGUUCAUUGACUUUGUGUGCACGUUUGUCUAUAAGGAAUUUUCACGUUUCCACGAGGAAAUUCAGCCGAUGUAUGACGGACUGCUGAACAACAGAAAGGAAUGGAAGGCUCUGGCAGACGAAUAUGAUGCAAAAAUGAAAGUGCUGGAAGAAGAGAGGAAAAAGGAAGAGGAGAAAAAGGCUGCAAAGCAAGGUGCAGUGACACUUUGCAAUGGAAGAACAACACCCACCUCUAGCACCUGUUGUAUCAUUUAAACCUAUUUCUGCUGGCAUAUGAACGACACACCCUGGGAAAGGUCUUGAAAAAGAACAUGUGUCAGUGUGCAAAUAAGAAUUCCAGAGGCAACCCUCCAAUUGCCUAAUCUGGGCUUGUCACCUAGCCACUGAAGGGCCAAGUUUUGUUUUCCUGCCCCCUAGCUGAUGACAAUGAAACAAAUUUUGCCCUCUUUCUCAUGCCAUACAAUGCCACUGAAGUCACUGGAUUGUGCUCUUCAUUAUAGGACAAAAUCUGGCCCUGUAAAUCUACUAGCACGACUAAUGGUGGCAGUGUUUGUCCCAAAGUCUGAGCUCCUCUUCCCUCCCCACACCACCAUAUAUAUGUUUACUGGGCCAGAUGCUGAACUGACUUUGUGCCCAACUCAACCAUGAUUUUCCUAAUGUGGGGUGGGUAAAUUGAGGCAGAAUAAACUCCUUCAGUGAAUCUUACAGGAUGUGGGUGUUCUAGCAUAAGUAACAAUCAUCUGUCCUUCCACUCUAGUAAACUCAGUCUUUUGAAGAAAUGGAGCCAGAUUCAGAUCUGGUCUAUACAAUUGCAUCUUCACUGCCGCCAGAGAAACAUCCUUGAGAACAAAAAAUAAUUGCGUAGCAGGGUUUGAAUAGCGCACAAUCAAUGAGACCACACAUUGCAGGAUGGGGAGAACGCAAAAUAUUUAAUAGCUGCUCAUUCCCUGAGCACGGAUCAGUUUUAUACCUGAAUGAGGCAAGCAGCCUGGGGAAAACAUAGCAUGUGAUCACGUAUUUAGAGUGGGGAAGGGGGUGUCAAUGCACAGGCACCAAGGAGCUAAAUUAAAAUUGCCAAAGCAACCUUAGUUCUGGCAUUCCUUGAGGGUUUGACUGUGCUACAUUAUUAUAAUAUAGUUCAUAAUGUAAACUGCCUGACCAAAGCGUAGACUAAUCUUGAUCAAAAUUAUGGAAAACAAGAAUAUGGUCAAGCUCAGGGUAUGUGUUACAAUUAGACCUCUUUCUGGUUAGGCCAUAUCCCCACCUUUGUUAGUAGUGUUGGUGCCCGACUGUUAACACCACAAGAUGGGAGAGGGAAUCUACAAGUUGGUCCAAUAAAAUAUAUUACUUUACCCACCUAGUUUCUUUGGGACAUCCCUGCAUUCCCCAAUUCCUCUGAAGCACUAAAAGGUUUUGUUUCUCUAAUCCAGCUCAGCUGUGGCUUUCCAUUGGUCUGUGUGACCACACUUACAAGAAUAUGGUAAUGGAAACAAUGGGGGUAGGCUGUAAGGUAACAUCUUUCUCUCUUUUAUUCAAGGUCCCCUCCCCAUUUUUCACACAAGUCAGUUUUAUGAGAUUUAUAUUCUAGUUACAUUGUGUGAUUCUGAUUGUUUUUGUAAAAUAAAGGUAGCAUCUUGACAUUUGUCACCUCCUGUGCUUACACACCUGUGAAUCACUUAUUUCUGCAACUCUUUCAUUUCAGUUAGGAGAACUGAAUCCAUGACAGCUGAUUCUCACAAUGUCAGUCAUGCCUGAUUUACACUCGUGGCUGCAGUCAGAACCUUCCCUAUUCUGUGGGAGCAGGCUAAUAUUUAGGGGAAAAACACUCACUUACCUUGAGUUUUCUUGGCUGUGACCAAGUGAACCGAUGGACUUACUGACCAUAAUCACUUCAAGCUCGAGGGCUCCCUUCCCCACUGUGUAAGUACCAGAUUCAAAAAACACACCUUCAAAAGGCAGUUACUGGGCUCACAGUCUUGCUUGAGUGUGAUGGUUUUGGUGGGCUCUCAGGGAGAAAGGUAAUUUUGAUUUGGGGAUUUUCAAACAAGUAACAGCCCAUGAGUUUAUUAAGUCUCAAAGUUGUAGGUAAGUGGAUUGGUAGAAGCUUUGCAAUGGAGAAGCCCCUUAUAAGCUGUGGAAGGCAUUCGGGGGAGCUAUUAAAGUAACAGCAGUUACUAUGACAGGUAUCAGAGUAGUAGUUAUGUUAGUCUGCAUCUGACAAAGCACAUCUCUGCCCAUGAAAGCUUAUGUCCAAAUCAAUUGGUCACGUCUUUAAAAUGUCACAGGACUCCUUGUUUUAGAAAAUUACACUAAAAUGUUUAGAAACAAAUUCGAGUAUCAGCUUGAAAGGGUAGGGGCUUUUUGUUCAUACGGCACUUUACAGAAUAAGGUGGUGGAUAGAAUUGGUCAGAAAACACAAUCUGUGUGUGAAAAUUUAAGUUUUUGAAAAACUUCAUACUGAAUUGGGAGAGUCAAAUAUUCAGUUUUCAAAGGAAAAAAAUCUCAAGCUUAUUUUGGGAGAACUUUUCAGGUGCACCCGACUGCUACUUCAGUAAACUGUCUACACAGUGGGCCACCAGGGAUCCAAGCAACAAAAUGUUUUGAUUCCAUAAGGUGAGCAUUUUCUGACGGGAAAACUGUUCAGUUAGACAGUGACUAGUUCUAGGCCUGCCCCCAUGACUGGGACUGUCAGGGGGUUCUGCAGUACAAAUAAGUGAGAGCCCCUCCACCGACUCAGGAUGAGAGAGAGACUCCCUAGGCUUUGAAGCUGGCUCCCCUGAGUACCAGCUCUUGUGGAAUCACCUGCAUACCCCCCACGCAGCUGUCUCUGAGAUGGGGGGCAAAGAAAGAGGCAGGAGCAGGCACU